AUGGGUGUGGAUGGAAAUUUGAGGCUUAUGGGUGGCAACCUCAACACAGUGUGGUCAACCAAUGUUGUUUGGGUUCUGUCAAAUAAACUGGCUGCAGUGCUCUUCGACAAUGGAAACAUAGUCAUUGAAGAUACUGUCAAGAAGGAAAAACUAUGGGAGAGCAUGAACAAUCCUUGUGACACUUUUCUUCUUGGCAUGAAGUUAGGGAUGAACGCUAAAACUGGCCAGAAACAGUUAUUGACUUCCUGGAAAAGUGAAUAUGAUCCAUCACCAGGAAACUUCAUCCCAGGAACCACAAUGCAGGUACCACCCCAGCCUUUCAUUCGGAAGGGAACAACGUUUUCCUGGAGAGGUGGGCCAUGGAAUGGACUGAAGUUCAUUGGGAUGCCGGAUUUGGAUAUAAUAUAUCAGAACAGAUUUUGCCUUGUAUCAGAUACUCAAGGAACUGAAUAUUUCACUUUUAAUGCAUUGGAAGCUCUAAUAUAG